UGGCAUCCUAAGCGAGAUCAGAUCCAUUCGCAUCGAAAGGACGCGGCGGAUGGACUCGACACGGACGCUAUCGUUCCAGUCGCUGCAGCUCGCCGACGCCGAUGGCAACAACGCAGUGACGUCCAAGGAGAUCCGCGCACUGCACUUACACCGCCAGCUCUCAUCGGCCGAGCACAUCCACCACGAGGCCGCGUCGCCCUUGCCCAAGAGGCUGUCGCCGGCCGUCUUUGCGUCCAUCACCGAAACACAGCCUCGCCACGCGCCGUGGCUCAAGAAGGCACUUGCGCGCAUGGAGACAAGCCAAGCAUUCUGGAAGGAGCGCGAGCCGACGCCAAAAAGUGCAACGACCCGGCGCAAGACGAUUCCCAAGCCCAGCGUUCCCGCGCCGCCAUCCUGCGCUACGAUCUGGGAAGCUGCGUCCACGGGCAAUGUGUCGGAGCUCCGGCGCCUCCUCGAAGUUGAGAAACGGGACGUGUUUCGCCACCACGAAGCCGACGGCGGGCGCACGAUCCUCCAUUACGCGUGCUGGCACGGCCACGUCAACAUCGUCAUGUACGCGACCAUGUUUGUCCAAGCGACGAAAGGCCUCGAGGCGCUGCGGCUCUUUGUCAACUGCAUCGACUCGGCGUACAGCCGCUGCACGCCGCUGCUUGAAGCCUGCCGGUCAUACAAGGGGCAUCUCAAUGACAAGCUCAAGAUCAUCAAGCUCCUCGUCUUGUAUGGAGCGACGCUCGAGCACCAAGAUGCGCACGGUGACAACGCGCUGCAUUGGAGUGCGCGCGUCUCGAGCUUGCCCAUCGUCCGGUACCUCGUCAAGGAGACGGACGCCGCCGUCUUUGCCGUCAUCGCCGACAACUACAAGCACGAGAAGCCGCUGGACAUAGCCAAGCGCAUGCUCCAGCGCAAGCCGUCGAUGCAAGCGACGGAAGUGUACGACCUGCUUCGGCACGUCUACCGUGAAUGCAACAUUCGGCUCAAGAUCCAAUAUGGCAAGAAGAUCCGAUUGCACCAAGAAGCCGAACGCAAGAGCAAGCGCAACGAGGAGGUCGUGUAUGCCCUCGACACUGCGCGCGUGUGCGCCUCCCGCGCGGACGGGCUCUGGCGCAGCUGCCACGAGGCCGCCGAGAGCGCGCGCAAUGCGCUCGAAGCGAAAUUGCUCGACGAUGCGGGUAAAGAAGCUGUCGGGCGCGCGCAGCUGUGGCUCGACACCAAAGAUGGCAAAGCGUGGGCCAAGAAAGAGCUGCCAGCCGCCCUCGACGACCUCAAGAACCUCAUUCAGGACGGCACGCUGCCCAAGCCGCGCGACAUGAAGAAGGUCGCGGCGGUCCGCCUCGGCGAAGCCUACAUUGCAAUGCAAGAGACCGAUGCGCGCGAUCAAAUGCGCAAGAAAUUCAUGCGCGAGCACCCGCUGCUCGAGUCGCGCGACGUCGAGUUCUUCAAGCGGCUCGUGCUCGCUGCGCCGCACAAAUAACGACGCUAAUACAAUCGCGCGUGACACAAGCA